AUGUUAGAUGUUUAUGGUGACAGAUUGAAAAUUGAUGAAUGGGCACCUAUUCUGGAGGCAUUAAAGCUUGAUAGAAACCUUCAUUUCAUUGCAUUUCGCAGUAGAUAUAAUACUAGAAGAGUCAUAGAAGAAGCCAAUACAGUAGCAAAAGCACGCACAAUUACCAAACAGCCUGUACUUUUAUCAAAAUUCAUCCUGCAAUUACUCAUGGAUUCUCUUGCACAAUGUUUAGCUAAAUCAACAUCAGUCACAUGUAUUGAGUUGGAUGGCCUCCCCAUAACAAAGGAAUGCAUGAAUAUUUUUUGCGAUGGAAUAGCAUCUAAUGUGUCUUUGCAGACAAUUUCAUUCUGUAACAGCCAGAUUGGAGAUGAAGGAUGUAAACAGAUGUGCCUGCUAAUGAGAAACAUGCCUUCAGUCCUACAUUUGGACUUAUCAAAUUGUGAUCUUACCGUUGAAAGCACAAUUGCCAUUGCUGAAACUUUAAGGUACCAAUACCUUCAGUGUUUUGCAGAAGGUUGGAAGCAAUCGUUGCGAUAUUGUGAACCUAAUAUAGAAUCAAUGCCUGGUCUAAGAAGAAUUAUUUUAAAUAACAAUGUGGGUAUAGGAGAUGAAGGUGUAAAGAAGCUCACAGAUGCAUUAAAGGAAGACCUUUGGAUUAGAGCCAUAGAUUUGCAGAAUUGUGGAAUCAGUAAUACAGGAGCCCAGAACAUUUUAGAAAUUUUGGAUAUAAAUAGUACAUUAUGCAUUGUGGAUGUACGUGAUAAUAAGUGCAUUGAUGAUGUAAUAUUACAUAGAAUAAUGUUGAAACUUUAUUUCAACAAUUCCAAUAAGGAUGCACACGAGAGAUUUGUGUGUUUUCAGUACAAUUGGAUUAUUCCACGAUCUCAUGUGACAAACCCAUCCUUCGUGUCCACUAUCACUUCGAAGUUUAGUGUACAGACAGUAACCAAACAUGACUCAUAUGAUAAAAGGGUGUCAAGCAUGGAAUCUCAAUCAACAAAUCAAAGGAAAAACUUCAAGAAGCUGAAUACCCAAAACCCUGCCUUGGUUAACUUGAAAAAGACUAAACAGCCAAAACCUGCUAAAAUAAAUUUUGAUGUUCAAGAAAAAGAGAAUUUGUUAGAAGAAAGUGAGAAAAAUUGUUUUUGUUUAAUGAACCAGGAAGCAUAUGAUGCUGUGAUUGAAUCUUUGGGAAGAUUUAAUGAGUUUCUGGAUUUAAUACAAAACAAGAACUCAUUUGCACAGGAACGCAAUUGUAAAGGUGAUGGUGAUCAUGCUAUUACAUACUUCAAAGGCAAAAAUAAAUUAUUCAGAAUCAGUGAGUUUGAUUCAAAAGAUGCAAUGCUAUCAAACAUAGAAUAAUACCAUAUUUUUCGAAGAAUUAUUAAUGAAAGUGUAAGAAAAUGAAGUGAAAAAUAUUUUGCAAGGCCAAAGAUUUUCAAUUACAGUAGAGUACUAGUUGUCCACAUGAUUCACCAUAAUGGGCUUCAAUCUGAUAAUAAAUAUUUAUUGCCCCUUUCUCUCUAACAUUGAAAAUAGAAAACUUCAAAAGAAAAUGCCCAGAAAACUUGGUGCUAUACUGUACUUGAAACAAUAAACAUGAACAGUGCCAGAGAAACACUUACUGUAAUGCAAUACACAUUUGAGAACUGUCUUGAAGGAGUGGCA